AGCCACUCUUGCUGCAAGAAAGAGGAGACAGGAUGCUUUACGGCUCUGUGCAUCAGACGUUAUUUAUGGCGGCGGGGCGACGCUGUGGUUUCUUCCUAUAUAGACGAUGGUUCGCCCAUCUUUAUACCAUCUACAUUCCUUUGGAGUUAUAACCAGCUAACUCCUACAGUCAACACGAAAAUCGAGCAAGGGUGUUACCACAUACUGUCCUUACCUGAUAUCUCUGUAGCGCCUUGGCUUCUGUUCUAUCCUUAUAUUUUCUCGGUGACAAACAAGAUUCACGAAGCAGUGAACGCAAGAAUGGCUAACUCCCCCCUUUUCCGUCUUAAUAUACUGCCCCUGUCAUUAUUUUCGCUGCUGGUAUCAGGACUUGCAGGAGCUGUUCCAGCACCGCAUCCUGAUUCAACAGAUUAUGAAGGAGUUGUUCCUGGAAGCCUUGGAGAUGCUGGUUCGGACGGAUCCACGGGUGCAUCUGGAGCAGAGGGUGGAUCAAUCAAGAUACCAAAAGGCGGCCUAAUAGCAAUCAUCAUCGUGGUGGUAAUCGUUGUUAUAAUUGGAAUAACCACCGGUAUCCUCUUCUACCAAGCAAAGCGGAGACAAUGGACGAUGAAGGAAACAAUGCGAUACUCAGUUCGCAAGGUCGCCGAAUCUAUCAAGUCUCCGAUGACGCCGACAUUCAGAAGCCGCAGUCAAUACCCAAUGACCCCCGCGGGAGCCAAGGCAGUGGGAUCACGGCAACCCAAGUCCUCACUGCAGCCCAAAAAUCCAGUGUCUCACUAUCAAAACCGCCUGGCUAAGCCAACUGAUCAAUACCCGCGUGUGGCUGAGGGAGAGAAAAGACGCAGUGGAAAAUCAGAUUUUAAUUUCUCCAAGCUGCUUUCAUCCAAGAGCAGUAGAUGA